GUAUUUCUAGGGUAUAAAUACCCAGGAUGCAUUGAAAUGCCAUCAGUGUAGUUUCCAGUGCCUUCUCAAAGCAAAUCCAAUGUCGAAACUUAUUCUGUUGCUGGCUGUCUGCUGCCUGUGCCUGUGCUUGACUCAGGUCCAGGCCCAAGCCCGCGCAUUCUGCGAUGGUCUAGUGGCCGAGUGCAGGCGCCAUGAACGUGAGGUGGGCCCCAGGGACGAUACCGUGGACAUCUACAACCAACAUUGUGCUCGCAUCGAUCGCACCUGGAGACGUAUAACACGCUGUCAGCUAGUUCAUGCCUCCUGCCUUCUGACUAUUUUACGUUGCGACAAUCUUACCUGCAAAAAUGUGGCUGGAGUCCUCUAGGGUGCGCUAGGGUAAUGAAAGUUUG